AUGCGGACAUCACUCUUUUUCGACUUGGCUCUUAUUCUCUCACUAGCCAUUGUUGGAAUAUGUGAUGAUAUUUCCUGCUCAAAAAGCAACCCAUGUACCGAAGGCUGCUGUUCCAAACUGUCCGGUGUGUGUGGCUUCGGGCCAGACUACUGCUCCUCCCAGAACUGCAUUGCUGCGGCCAGUACCAAUGGAACCUGCUCCCACCUUGCUGAAUGUGACCCGAGCGUCUCUGGCUGGACCACUGUUGCAUGGGGCUCUGAGUAUGCCUCCUCGGAAAAGUGCCCGUUGAACGUUUGCUGCAGUGCCUAUGGAUUCUGUGGAACAACCUCUGAUUUCUGUGGCAACUCUACCGUUGCGGAGCCAGUGUGCGACGGUAAUUCGGCGACCAAGAAAACAAUUGCGUACUACGAGGGGUGGAACCUCGAGCGAAGCUGCGAUACCAUGACCCCUGAGAGCAUUCCCAUCGGCGGGUACACACACCUCAACUUUGCUUUCCUCUACAUAGAUCCCGAUCUUUACACUAUUACACCGAUGGCAGCCGAUCAGGAGGAUCUGUACAGUCGAGUGGUGGCACUCAAGAAAAGGAAGACUGAUCUGGAGGUGUGGAUUUCUAUCGGCGGCUGGGCCUUCAAUGAUCCUGGGUCGACCGUCAACAUAUUUUCAGAUCUUGCUGCCUCGAGCUCCAAGCAGAAGACGUUCUUUCAGUCGUUACUUUCCUUCCUUGGGGAGUACGGCUUCGAUGGCGUCGACCUGGACUGGGAAUACCCAGUAGCUAGUGAUCGGGGAGGCUCAGAUGCGGAUUUCGAGAAUUAUGUGACCUUUUUGGCAAACCUGCGCACAGCAUUGGAUAGUGCGGGCAAAGGUUACGGUUUGACAAUUACUUUGCCGAGCAGUUACUGGUAUUUGCAACACUUUGACAUUGUCAAUAUGGAGAAAAGUGUCGAUUGGUUCAACAUGAUGACCUAUGACCUACAUGGGGGAUGGGAUGCUGAAGACCCUUGGAUUGGAUCGAUUGUUAACGCGCAUACCAACUUGACUGAAAUCGCCCUCGCAAUGGACCUCCUGUGGCGCAAUGACAUUGAGCCGUCCAAAGUGGUCAUGGGGCUUGGGUUUUAUGGCCGAAGCUUCACCUUAAACGACACUUCAUGUGUAACUGCAGGAUGUCCAUUCAGCUCAACAGGCAAAGCUGGGCCCUGUACGGCCAGCGCUGGUAUCCUUUCCUUUACUGAGAUCGAAUCAAUUCUCAAGGACUCCAGUCGUGGAGCGAAUAAAUAUUAUGACUCUGAAGCAGCGGUCCAAAUCAUCACCUUUGAUAGUAAUCAGUGGGUCAGCUAUGAUGAUUGGGAAUCCUUUGCCGUAAAGAUGGACUAUGCCAACUCACACUGUCUCGGCGGAACAAUGGUUUGGGCCGUGACAUAUGACUCUGAUGGUACCGCUACGAACGGUUUGACCGGAGAUUUGACCUUAUUUCCCGGAGAUGAUGGCAGCAAUGGCGGGGCGGGAGAUAUAUAUAUCGGACCCGAUCUCUGGAGCAAUGCGAGCCAGGAAAUAGCUUGCUACCCCCCAUGUACCAUGGUCUUGCCGCCCUAUCCCCUGGACACAGGUGUCACCAUAAGCUGGCCACCAAUCACCACAAGUUUGGCUUCAAGCUCCAACGGGCAGACGUUGGUCAAGAGCACUGUUAUCACGGUUCCGCCGUUCCAAAUUACCGAGAUUCCCUUUUGGCCGAUUACAGUGCAUGAUAGCAGCAUAGAUCAGGCCUAUAUCAGCGCAGUGCAGAGUAUCACACCACCAGGGUUGGUACUCACCUUGCCAGGGACCGAGGCUGAAUUCCCUCUGUACCAUACUAACUACAGUGCCCUGAUGACACCAAGCGCAACGGCGACCACAACGGCGAGUAAUAUCACUGCCAUAGGGGGUGGUGGCUCUGAAGGUUCCAGCGUUGUUACCACUCCCACGGCGGUUCAGACUGGGAUCGCGUCUGACUGUACCGAGUUUUACUACGCCGUUCAGGGUGAUACAUGUGCGACGAUCGCUGCUGCCUAUGGUAUUACAUUGGCUGAAUUUAACGAAUGGAACCCUGCGGUAGGAACAGACUGUGCCGGACUAUGGGCUAAGGAAUAUUAUUGUGUUGCUGUUUCUUCAACGUCAGCGGUAGGAGGCGGUUCUCAAACUACAUCCUCCGAGGGUUCAUCUGCGGCAAAAACCACCGCUAGUACGACCACCGUGACACCAGUGUUCUAUGCGAGCUCCCAUGCAAUAACUGUUCAUGUACAGCCGACUGUCUCCCCGAUCCAUCCAAGCCCAAGUGUUCCUCCUUUGACUUUCAGUAUCGAUGCACCCCCAUCAAACGGCGGCUGUAGCUCUGGAAAGAGCCUCUCACGAUGUGGCAAACACGACUGUAGCGAGUAUGGCUGCAGUGGUGAGUGUGGAUUUUUCGGCUGUGAUGGGGGUUGUGGGCUAGGAUUCUGUGGGGGAGGUUGUGGUUUGGAAGGAUGCGGGCCUGGCUGUGGAGAUGGUUCUUGUCUUCAGCCUGGUGGUGGAGGGGGUCAGGACUCUGAGGAAACGUCGACAAGUUCGUGCUCUUCCGAGGCAACGCCUACCACGAAGUCUUUCUGCGAUGUCUCUUGCCCGGAAGCGUCUGAGACGUCCUGCGUUACGUGGUGUAGCACCAUGACCCUAAGCUGUGAGCCGACCGGGAUGGCUAAUCUCCUAGUUGCAAAUAUGGAUAUCGACGACGUUGGCGAUGUGAUCUAUUCAGCUGAUGACAGCGCCGUGUCAAGCAGUGCCUGGUCCGCCGCUUCGUGGCUGAACCCUCAAUACACGGGUUGGGAUCCUAUCACCGUCAACGGUACCACAUUAGGCAUUUCCGGCGCCGCACCCACCGUGGCUAUGACCUCUACCGUGUCGAAAACGACCGCGACAGCUGUAUCCGUAACCUCAUGUGGCUUGCAGACCACCAAGGGUGCAUCAAGCACGUCAACCUACUGCACCUGUAAUGGCGGCUACGGAAUUUCUCUGUCAACCAAGACGAACGCAGCCCACUCUACCUUUCUUAUAUGUGCGGCUGACCCUCCCUUGACCGUCACUACGAUCACGCCAACGACUUCGACUACCCAGAAAAAAACCACUUCAACCACUACAACUACAGCAAGCAAGUCGAGCGAAACCGGCUUUGCCAUUACCUACGUCAAGUGCUAUAGCUCGACAUGCCCCGUGGGAAAGACAUGUGAAGCCGACGGGAGCUUUGACGUCAUGGGGGUGCAGCCGUUCGGUGAUGACGAUGAUGCGCAGAUUGUGCAGAUCUCGGGCUCCUACAACCAAGAAGCAUUGGUGAAUGGUGGAAAGGCCAAGUUCUGUGGUCAAACCUCCAAGUUCACGGUGAGUGGUGAUAAUGUCUCGGGCUCCAGUUCUAGCAGUAAAUACGGAACCUACACCUGCCUGAAGUACAGUGACCCCACAACGGUGACUGUUCAUGAUAAGGAUAACGGUAUAACAUGUCAAUCCACACCACAAUAUGCGUGCCUGACGGACAUAUGCCUGUGA